AUGCAGGCCACUUGCCGGGAUGCUGUACAAUGUUGUACGUGGAUUAACAGUGAUGUUAAAACUGGUAUUGCAGACCCUGUUCCAGCUAGGAUCGUGUUCCUCCAGCUUUUGGAGGCUUGGCCUUAUACGCAGCUGCGUGGAUUCGGGUUUGAUUUGGCAUAUUCAGAUCUUUAUUGUUUCCGAGGAUCGGCCUGGUUCAAUGACAACGCAAUGAGAGCUUUUGCGGUGUAUUUGAGACGGUACAAGAAUAAUGGAGCGAUCGCGCUUCCUCAGAACUCAGGCAAAACAGUCUCUCUUCAUGCAAAUAUGCUAAAUCAUAUUGCUGAGGGUGUCGAGUUGCAUCCAUACGUGCUGUUACCCGUAAACUUUGGAGGUGUUCACUGGGGAUGCUUAGUGAUUGACAAAGCUGCUAAAAAGAUCAAGACGUACGACAGCAUGGGUGGCAAAAAGAAUAUGAAGUUUUUAAAAGCGAUGACAAGUGAAAUCAUUGAGAAAACUACGGGAGGGGAUAAGUUCACUAAUACCACAGUGACAGAGCCCAUACAGACGGACGGUGAUAACUGUGGUGUGUUUGUUUGCCUCUGUUCUGGCCUGUUUAAGUAG